AUGCAGAAGAAGUUGGCUGGUUAUGAUAUAGAGCCGUUGGAAUCGUGCCAACUCUUCAAUUUGUAUUACUCUUUGGAUCCAUGUGGAUCGCGGUUGGAGCCGGUGCUAAACCAACACCUUAGCGUCUUGCAGCCAGCUGACGUGCCGAGAUAUCAGCGAUAUCCACUAGGCGACGGACAUCAACUUUACUUUGAUUCAACCGUUGAUCUCACCCAUUUAUGGGGCAACAAACGCAUGGAUCACGUUUUGUAUUGUCCUACAGCAAUGGUUGCGCUACCAUCAUCAGCUUUGCCUAAUAUCCUCCAUGCAUCCUAUUGGGAAUCUCUGGAUACAGCAGCGUUUGUUUUGAGACAAUUCGUCAGGAGUGAAGAAACUGUGCCUUUGACAUUGUCGGCAAGCUUGAUUCAUCUGCCGCUGAAGAUAGAGUUACCCACACUGCAAUGGAAGAGAAAAAGAACUAGAUUCAAAGUAGCCAACCUAUCCCCGAAUCACCGAGCUAAUGAUGUUCUGGUCGUUGCUGGCAAUGAGUUGAAUGUUACGGCAAAGUUUUGCUAUGGACCGAUGGAUCUAACAGCGCUUACCCGAGAGCUCGUUACUACGUUCAUUUGCCCUCAAAGGGGAGAAUGGUAUGAAGUGGGCGUCUUUGAGACUGAUUCCCACGGACGGCUGUCAUUAUCAUUAGGGACUUCAUUGCCAUGUGGAAUUCACUCAGUGAAAGUGAGAAUUUGAAA